UUUUGUUGUUUUGUUUGGACCUCCAAGGUGAGCUGUCCGCGUGUCGCAUCAUCACGGCCUCAGGAUCUGCAGGUAGCUGUAGCGCCCCUCACGUGCUACAAGUUGGGCCUUUUUCCCACGAGUCGGAACUCCAUUCAAUCUCCUCCUCCAAUUUCCAACCUCCUCCUCCUUGUCCACCACUCUGUAACAGUCACGACGUGGGGAGACAACGGCCGGAAAGGUUUCACCCAUCAACAAAAACAAGACACCUCAAGACCACAACAAUGGACGAGAAGGGCGGCGGGCUGCCCCCGUACACCGCCGUAGCACCUCCCCCUCCGGCAUGGAAGAGGAAGAAGAUGCGCCGGUCCAGAGGCCUCAAGUUCCUCGCCGUCGCCUGCAUGGGCUUCAUCGCCUACGCCCAGUGGAGACAGCUGCCCUCGCGCUCUGAGCCCGUCAACGGCAACGUUACGGUCCACGGCCUGUCGGUGCAACGCUUGCACGACGACCUCACCACCUGCUCCAAGCUGCGCCAGAAACCCCAAGACCCCCUCGGCGAGGGCCGCGAGAAGAACGCCCGCUACAUCGAUGGCCAUGCCCCCACCCUCAUCAAGAACGCGACUGUCUGGGUUGGAGAGCCGGCCAAGGGCACCUCUGCUGCCGAUGCGCGCAAGGGCAAGGGCUACAGCUGGAUCAAGGCCGACGUCUACCUCGAGUAUGGCCUCAUCAAGAAGGUCGAGUCUGACAUCGCCGCCUCCAGUCUGCCCAAGGGCACCCACGUCUUUGACGCCAAGGGCCGUCCCCUUACCGCUGGCAUCAUUGAUAUGCACAGCCAUGCCGGCGUAGACUCGUUGCCUAGUCUUGACGGCAACGAAGACACCAACGAGCUCUCGGCGGACAUCACCCCCUUUGUCCGCUCCAUCGAUGGCAUCCAGCCCAACGACCACCAGAUCCAGGUCAUCAAGUCUGGCGGUGUCACCACCAGCUUGGUCCUGCCUGGCUCGGGCAACAACAUGGGUGGUGAGGCAUACGCCAUCAAGCUGGCUGUUGGUAAGCCUGACGGUCGUAACGAGACCAGUGCCGCCGACAUGCUGGCUGAUCCCGAACGCAACUGGAGGUUCAUGAAGAUGGCCUGCGGUGAGAACGCUAAGCGUGUCUACGGGCGGGUCGGAGAGCAAGGCCCUACCAGCCGUAUGGGCGAGAGCUGGGAGUUCCGUCACGCCUUUGAGCAAGCAUCCAAGUUGGUGCGCGAUCAGGAUGACUGGUGUGAUGCCGCCACCGCAGUCGGUGUGCAGAACAUGAAGGGAUAUCUCCCCCAGGAAUUGAAGUGGGAGUCGCUUGGCGCAUUGUUGCGCGGACAAAUUCACCUCAACACUCACUGCUACACCAUCCCCGAUCUCGAGGCUUUUGUCGAUCACACCAACGAGUUCAAGUUCAAGGUCCGGGCCUUCCACCAUGCCCAUCAGACCUAUCUGGUUCCCGAGAUCCUCAAGCGCGCCUACGGUGGUGACCCUCCUGCCUCUGCCAUCUUUGCCGAUAACAUGUACUACAAGGCCGAGUCCUACGUCGGUUCCGAGUUUGCUGGAAAGUACCUCUGGGACAACGACUUGACCCCCAUCUAUGUCAGCGACAACCCGGUUCUCAACGCCCAGCACGUCCUGUUCGAGGCCGCCAAGGGCCACAAGUAUGGCUUGCCCUACCACGCUGCUCUCGCCUCCGUAACCACCGCUCCGGCUGAGCGUCUCGGCUUUGGCAACAGACUCGGCAAGAUCAAGCCUGGAUUUGACGCCGACGUCGUUGUCUGGGACAGUGAUCCUCUCGAGGUGGGCGCCACUCCUGUGCAGGUGUGGAUCGACGGGACUGCCCAGUACGAGCACCCUAUCGUGCUGAACAAGACCGUGCCCAAGUUGAUCCUUUCGGAGGAGAGCACCUCUGCCAUUGUCGAGGAACCCGUUGACAUGGACUCGGUUGUCUUCACUGGCAUCACCAAUGUUCUUGGUGACGUUGAGGUCCAGGGCGGAAGCAAGGACGCAAAAUCCUACAGCGCCGUCAUUCGCAACGGCAAGGUCACUUGCGUCGGUGCCUGUGCCGAGGAGGUGCGCAUGGCAUCUACCUCCAAGAUCCCUGUCAUUGAGCUCAAGGACGGUCACUUUACCGGUUCUUUCACGGCCUUUGGCUCCCAGAUCGGCCUAAACGCCAUCGACGCCGAAGACUCCACCGACAACGGCGACAACGUCAAUGUCUUUACCCGUGCCGAAGACGGUCUCACCCUCGACACCAAGAAGCUGCACGCGGCCUACAAGUACGGCGUCACCAAGGCCAUCACGGCACCCAAGUUCAACGGCGGCCAGACCCACCACGGCACGAGCGUCGGCUUCCUCACAGGUGCCACUAACCCCCUUGCCAAUGGCACCAUCUUUGCCAGCGACGUCGCCGUCCACUAUAGCCUGAACCCCGACGCCAAAGAAGCCGAGGGCACGCCCUCUCUGUCCGCGGCCGUCGGCGCCCUCCGCCGCAAACUUCUCCAAGCCGCCACCAAGCUCAAGAAGAACGAGACCAUCGAGCCGGCCGACCUGUACUCCGAGUCCACCUUCCUGCAAAAGGUGGUCAACGGCUCUCUCCCGCUCGUCCUGACCAUCCACAACGCCGACAUCAUCGCGGCAGCCCUGCGCGUCAAGAAGGACGUCGAGUCUCUCACCUCCAGUAAGAUCCACCUCGCUAUCUUUGGCGGCGCCGAAUCGCACCUUGUCGCCGAGGAGCUCGCCGCCGCGCAAGUCGGCGUCGUUCUUGCCCCUCUCCAAUCGUUCGCCACCUCGUGGGACCAGCGCCGCGCGCUUUCGGGCGCUCCGCUGACCAACGGCACGGCUAUCGACGUGCUUCUCGAUGCUGGUGUUACCACGGCGAUCGGAUUGGAGGAGGAUUGGCUGGUUAGGGACUUGGGAUUGUUGGCGGGUAUUGCGUAUGCGAAUGGCGGUGGAAAGUUGAGCAAGAAGAGCGCACUGGAGUUGGUGAGUGGGAAUGUGUAUAAGAUUCUGGGGGCUAAGGAGCCCAAGGUCGAGGAGGGCCACUUUGUGGUGUUUGAAGGGAGUCCGCUGAGGAUUCAGAGCAGGGUGAAGGCGGUUUCCGGGGGGUUGGGGGCUGUUAGUGUUUUUGAGUGACUUGAGUGAGACAUGAUGACUGAUGAGGGUUUUUGGAAAUGAUACGGGUUUGGACAUGUGGGAUAUGAGGGAUAUGAUGAGAGAUCUGACAUUUGGGUACAAGACGAUGAUGGAUGACAAGGUAUAUACGAAGGAAUGAACAUGAUGCUAUGCUUUUGCAAAUACCUCCGGCGCAUCACGACAGCAGAUCUCCUCGUUCGCUCGCGCACCUGAUGAUUGAUCCCCGAGCCGUGGUCCUCGAUGCAGUGGCGACUUUGUAGCUGGGAUACCGUUCCCCACGAGUCA